AUGGAUCAAAAACCCUGGCCUUGGAGGAAAAAGUCAUCAGAAAAAACAGUUAUUACUGCUGAAAACACCAAUCUCAAUUCAAAAGAAAAUGGAGAGAUACAAGCACUUCUAGCUGAUAAAGAAGAAUUGGAAAAAGAUUUAAGAGAAUUAAAUAAUAAGCUUGCUUUGGUAAUCUCUGACUGUAAUGCUAAAGAUGAGCUGGUGAAGAAACAAACAAAAGUUGCACGAGAAGCAGUAGCAGGUUUGGAAAAAGCAAAAGAUGAAGUGUUGUCUAUGAAGCAAGAUAUGGAUGAAGCAUUGCAGCAGCGAUUUGUUUACGAAGAAAGAGUAGCCCAUUUGGACGGGGCUCUCAAGGAAUGUAUGCAGCAGUUACGAUAUGUUCGAGAAGAACAAGGGCAAAGGAUUCAUGAUGCUGUGAUGAAGGUUUCGAAAGAGUUUGAAAAAGAGUGCAUGGUUUGGGAGGAGCAGUUAUCCGAGACAAAUAAAAGGCUGGCGAAAGCUGAGACCGAAAAUUCUCACCUUAAUAAAUCCAUUUUCGCAAGAGAGAAGUUGAUUGAGGAUCUGAAAAGACGAUUGACUCAAGCUGAGGCAGAUCAUAGUGCACUAAUGGUUAGAUUAGAGUCCACUGAGAAAGAUAAUGCUUCUCUGAAGUAUGAGGUCCGUGUUCUCGAAAAGGAGUUGGAGAUCCGAAACGAAGAGAGAGAAUUUAGUCGUCGGACAGCUGAUGUUUCUCACAAACAUCACUUAGAAAAUGUUACAAAAAUUGCCAAGUUAGAAUCAGAAUGUCAGAGGCUACGUGUUCUGGUUCGGAAACGGUUACCAGGUCCUGCUUCCCUUGCAAAAAUGAAAAAUGAAGUUGAAAUGUUAGGACGAGAUUCAGUUGAAAUAAGAAGGAGCAAGUUGAACUCAACUAGUUCAACGGUUGAGUCGUCACUAAACAGUUCCCCCGGGACUCCCAAUAGACGAAUCAAUACUUUGACAGAGCAGCUAUAUGCUGUGGAAGAAGAAAACAAAGCUUUAAAAGAUUCACUAAAUAAGAAAAUGAAUGAGCUCCAAUUCUCAAGAGUAAUGCUUUCUCGCACAGCUUCCAAACUUUUGCAACUCGAGUCACAUAAUGAAGAAUCACCGAAAGGUCAAGUAGCUGCGGGGCUGCUUAGAAGUAACCUUAUGUCACGUGAAAUCUCUGUGGCAUCAAUGUCUGAUAUUGGCAGUGAUGACAAGGUAAGCUGUGCCGAGUCCUCAGGUUCUGCAUUGAUUUCAGAAUUGGAGCACUUCAGAAAUGGAAUACAAAAGGAAACAUUGUCCUGCAGAAGCGUUGGAACUUCAGAAAUGAAUCUCAUGGAUGACUUUGCUGAAAUGGAAAAGUUAGCAGUGACCUCUGUUGAAAACCCCCCUGAAAUCUCUGGUGCUUCUUUGAAAGAAGUUAAUGAUAUCAACGGCUUUUCAGAAACUGGGAAAAUUGAGACUACCCCCGAAGUAGGAGGUAACGAGAUCACUCCCGUGUCUGAUCAUAUUCCAGACUUCUCAACAUCAACUCAAAAAACACGCCUCCUUGAUGAAUUUAAGGAUAAUAUUCCCAGUUGGCUUCAGGAUGUAGUAAAAAUGGUCCUGGAACAAAACAAUGUCACUCACAAAAGUCCUGAUAACACACUCGAGGAUAUUAGAUUAGCUUUGAAUAAUCUAGAUCCGCAUGUCUUUGAUUCGAACGAAGUUUCUGGUCAUAUGGACGGAUCUGACCCUUCAAAUAAUUCUCUGGUGGUAGUUGCAUCCGGUGAUGUAAAUGUCACUGAUCUCUCAUCAAUGAAAAGAACAAAACAACACGCCGAGGAAGAUUUGGGUAAAUCAAUAGGAAAGAUAAUCGAGCUUAUUGAAAGAAUCAGCUUGCCUGCUAUGGAUUGUGAUAACUCAGAUUCCUUAGGCACAAGUGAUGAGAAUACCCCCUCAGGAAUGCCAUCGGGCUACAUGGUCCGUGUUUUCCAGUGGAAAACAUCUGAACUCAGCAACGUUUUACAGCAAUUUCUACACGUGUGUUAUGAUUUACUGAAUGGCAAGGUUGAUCAUGAUAAAUUUGUGAAGGAGCUAACAACAGCUUUGGAUUGGAUAAUGAAUCACUGCUUUUCACUUCAGGAUGUGUCUAGUAUGAGAGAUGCCAUCAAGAAACAAGUUGAAUGGGAUGAGACACGAAGCGAAAGUGAAGCAGAAUUUGGGAUGAUAGGUCAUUUUGCAGAGGAAGAUAAGUUGUAUCAUUCCGCAGAACAGUUUCCAUGUUUUCCUCAAGUAACUACAAAUGGUCACGAUAUUAAGAGUCGAGAAACAUAUUGUGACGAGGAAGAAGAAAUUAAUAGUAUUAAAGGAAAAUUGAUCAGUGCUGAAUCUCAAAAGGAAACAUUGGAAGGGAGGCUUCAAUCAGCUAACGAUAAGGUUGAGUCCUUGACAGAUCAACUUCAGAAGUCAGAUAAAACUAACGACAGCUUGAGAUUAGAGUUACAAUCCAUAAAAGAAUCCAAUGGAAAACUUGAGGAUCAAAUAAAAAAUCACAAUGUGAUGAAAUCGAAUCUUGAUGCACAGCAUAAAGGGGCUGAAUUAAAAGAGAUCGGUCUCAAGGUUUUGGAAUUAGAAGUGGAACUGGAGAACAAAAACCACUGUUGUGAAGAAUUAGAGACUAGAUGUCUUGAAUUGCAGCUUCAUCUUGAAAGCACGUCCAAGGAGUGCUCAAACCAUGAUAUUAACCAGAAAGACAAGCCAUUGCGAACGGACUUGGAAAUAACAGCUGCAUCAGAAAAGUUGGCCGAGUGUCAAGAAACCAUCCUUAAUCUUGGGAAGCAACUGAGGUCAUUGGGUGCACCAAAGGAUGCAUCUCUUUUUGACAAUGUCGUUGCGGCGCAACAUAACGAUACCCCAUCCACCACGACGACGACGACAAAAAAAAUGAAUCCUAGCCAUGUUCCCCCUAAAGUUAUGAAAACGAAGAAUCGAUCUCUGCUUGACCAAAUGCUGUCUGAUGAUGAUUCUAAAGCAAAGGUUUCUAAAGUAAGCGACCGCAACACCAAUCUCACCACCAUUCCAGAUUUUGUAGAGCCUCUGGAGAAGAUUUUAGCUUUGAACGAAUUUAGAGAUGGCAAUGACAGUGCUGCUGCUAAUGAUUUGGCCUUUGUACCUACUAAGAAACCAGGAAGAGGAAGCUUGUGGAAAAAGUUAUUAUGGAAAAAGAAGAAAAGUGCCAGCAUGAAAACAUCCCUUCCAUUGAACACGUGA